UAGCAUUAAGGCGUUGGGCGGGUGGCCCUGUCCCUCUCCUUCCACCACGCACUAACUUCUUUAAAAUCUCAGCAAAUUCUUUAAAUCCUAUUUCAUAUCGACGUUUUCUCUCCCAUUAUAUUAUCAUUUAUUUAUUUUUUUUUUUCCAUUUUUGCGAAAUAAAGAAGCUUUGCUGUUCUUGACACACCUUCUGCAUCAUCAUCCUUUGGCCUUUUCUUCCUCACCCGCUAUCCGUUCAGCACCAAUCCGCGUAACCACUACCCAACUCCCUCCUUGCCAAAACUCGUGUCUUUUUUAAUCAUUGAAAACCGUCAUCGGUUACUUCUCGAGUUCUCGCCCCUUCCCAAUCCCCUUUUUAUUCAUCACUCUAGCAUUUCUAGAUCAGUCACAGAUCUCUUGUUUUCUCCGCUUUCUCAGCUUUAUCGGUUCUGCUCUUCUGAUUUUCAAAUGGGGAUCGAUAAGGAGUUGUUCUCUUGAAUUGGAAAUUUGCUUUUUUUAUUUUGGGUUAGGACUUAGGAUUGCUGCACUUUAUGACCAUCAUUACUAAAAGAUCUCAUUAGCCGGAUUUCCAGUCUGUUUUGUGCUUAAAUAAUUACUGUGCAAAAUGCUAGGAGAAAACAACAACAAUAACACACUUCCUGUUUUCCUCAACGAUAACGGCUUCCAGUACCCUACUAACACAUCAAAUCAGCUGCAGUUAUUCGGAAACUCCACAGUACCUGUUGGGUUCAACGUCAAUCCAACAAAUUAUUUUGGGGGCGAGCAUAACACGGCUCUAGUUAGGCCUAACAAACGAGUCAAGGAUGCAGAGAACACACCAAUGCAACAGAAGCUUCAGAUUUCCCUGAAUAAUAAUGUCGGCCUUGAUGACGCUGAUCCACCGGUGAGGAUCUCCGCCCACAAUCCAGUUUCGACUGGUUUAAGGCUGUCGUACGAUGAUGAUGAGCGCAACUCUUCUGUCACGUCAAGUGGAAGUAUGAAUGCUUCAUCGUCGGUUAUGUUAUCUCUUACUGACGACUUUAAAACGGAACUUGACAACCAAAAGAGAGAAUUUGAUCAGUAUCUGAAGACUCAGGAAGAAACUCUGACAAAAGGGCUGAGGGAUAUAAAGCGUAGACACAUGGCUGCUUUUCUGGGUGCUAUGCAGAAAAGCGCUAGCAAAAAGAUGCACGAGAAGGAUGUUGAGCUGGAGAGCAUAAACAGGAAAAACAAGGAACUGGUGGACAGAAUCAAGCAAACGGCUUCAGAAGCCCAGAACUGGUGUUACAGGGCCAAGUACAACGAGUCUGUGGCCACGAUGCUGAAAACGAACCUUCAACGCGCAAUGCACAGCGCGGAGCAAGCCAAGGAAGGGUUUGGAGACAGCGAGAUGGACGAUGCUACCUCCGGGGUUCACCCCAAGUUCGGCCUAAGCGUCGGGGUCGGGGGGGGGGGUGGUAGUAGUAGUUCCGCCGCAAAACCACCGCAACAAGCGAAGGAGUUCUUGAUUUGCCGAGCCUGCAAAUCGAAGGAGGUAUCGAUCUUAUUGUUGCCUUGCAGGCACCUGUGUUUGUGUGUAGAUUGUGAAAAGUCAGUGAGUGUGUGCCCUGUGUGCCAAAUGGCUAGAGCCACUACUUUCCGGGUUUAUCUGUCUUGAUGAAAUAUCAACCAAACCCAAAUACCUUACAGUUGAAAGAAUUUAUUUAUCUUGAAAAACAAUGGUGUUACUUUAUUCACUGUUGUGAGUGAAAGUUGUGGAAUAGUACACAAGUUUCUUGAUACCCCAUUUUUGGUGAACCAAAUUUCCAUCCA